AUGGCUAUGUUUGUUAAUCGUAUUCAAGUUUUUGCAGCUUUUUUUGCCAUCAUUCUCAUUGUAGCAUCAGGCCAUGGUUCUUCGGAAGAUAAGGAACCAACAAAACCACCAAGCAAGACAUGUUGGCGUAACAGUAACACAUGGCCUCAUGCAAGAUGCUUCCAUUCUGGAAUCUGUAACCAUUACUGUCAGAGCGUAGAAAAUGCACUCUCUGGACAAUGUGGUGCCUUUUUCAAGAAAUGUCAAUGCAAAUUCUGCGACGAUGAUCCACUCUUCACAUAA